AAACUGGCUACCUGCUUCAUGCUAGCAGUUUCACUYGAUCAUAUGCUGAAACUUCGUCUGUCCGAAAAGGAAAGAAAUAAAUCGAGCUAUCGUUUGAUCAAAGACGUUUUGGGAUCCGAAGAGAAGAGUCCAUUUUGCUCUCAAUGCGUGUUUCCAACAUGUCAUUUUGUCCAGGUUAGGACUYCAUAAUUAAUAUGUAAGUACAGAGAUUGUGUCGGUGCAGACAGCACACCACACGGUGUUUCGCUCCAACGGUGGCCAUUCCUGUCUUGUUCCAACCAUGGUGGCUUCAGCCGAAGAGGUGUCUUCAUCCCUUGUAAGGGAAUAUUUGAGUCGAAAGGGACUGAAAAGAACCAUCGCCUGUAUGGAUGAGGAGCAUCCACGCACAGAGGCCAGUAUCAAUAACAGAUCACAUCUGAGGCAGAUUCUCAACAUAGAGGAUCUCUACAGAAAAAAUAAAGUACUGAGGACCCCCCUGAAAACACUGCUUGAGAUUAUCGUGAAGCACCACAUUGAACAGUUAAACAGUGACAAGCUCAUUAGCGGACACUGUUCACARAUGAUGCAAACUAUCAGCUCUCCUGUAAGUAAACCAUUAAAAAAUGACGCAAAGGCAGACGAAGUGACGCCGGCUGUCGUUGGCAGCAAACGAAGGUCUGAAAMAAACGUAGCAUGCCCCUCUGAACCAACAUGUGUGUCGUUGGAGAAAGAGAUCCCAACUAGUUUUAAUCCAACAGAUCAUAUGACUURUAAAUCAGAUUACCAAAAAAGCAAACCAGUGCUGGCUUCCCAACAAGACAAUGAAAUCUUUCCGCAAAAGGAGGCAGACAGAAGCACUUCCGUUACUUCUGUUACCCAGAAGAACAGAACCAAUCACAGCAGACGAGGCAUGUUGGCUGGACCGGUACCACAGGAAUCAAACAGAAAAAAGCAAAGCCGAAAAGUUGAAGUGUCGCAGGUGUUUCUCAGAAAAGAUGAGGAAAACAGACGUUUUACUGACGUAUAUUUAAAAAGCAGUCUAACUCAGAACAGCGCAGCCAGAAGUGUAGAGAGCACGGCGGAGAGGAACCGGGAUCAGAGCAGCUGUGGGAAAAUGGAAAAGAACACAUUGAAAACAAGCAUAGUAAACCCUAGACUGAAUGUCUCUGAUUUGAAUGUGUCAGAGAUAGUUUUAGAUGAUAUUGAUGAUGAGGAGGAAGAUCUGCCAGUAGUGUCUGUUCAGAGGAAUGUUCCAGAGUUUCACUAUUCAGGCUGUGCUAUGGACCAACAGACUGCCACAGARUUGAAAACUAUUCUUCUUGGUUCCAGCUUAAAUUGUUUCAGUGUUGAGUGGAUGAAUCAGGGUUUCACCUUUUCUGAGAUUGAUGACCUCAGAUAUGGCAUUGUGCAAAAAAAGGGUGGUCCUUGUGGAGUUCUGGCAUCUGUUCAAGCAUUUGUUCUGAAGAAGCUUCUGUUUGAAAACGCAGAUAGCGGUAUUACUACGCUUCAGAGGCUACGACCUUCCAACAGCACCAGAAGACGGUGUCUUGUUUUAGCUCUGGCUGAAGUAUUGUGGAGGGCAGGCAAGGAAACACAAGCCACAGUUGCAAUAAACUCUGGGACAAAUCAUUUCACUCCAUGUGGACACUACAGAUCUGAAGGUGUAUUUGAAAAGAUUAUUUAUUUCUCUCUGGAUAACAUUAAGGAUCUGGAGUCCCUUCUGGAGCAGCACAUAGACCAGUUUGAAAGAGGGAUGCUAGGAUGUGUUCUGCUGACCGUAUCAGCGGUUCUCUCUCGAUCCAUUGAAAGAAUAAAAGAGGACAUGGACGUGCCCACCACCACACUGAUUGCUGCCCAUGGCUACUGCACUCAGGAGCUGGUCAAUCUGUUGCUUUGUGGCAGAGCAGCUUCUAAUGUGUUUGACAAUGACAUGGAGCUGGACUCAGGCAGUGGUGACAUGACUCUGCUCAAGGGGAUCAAAGACCCCUGUCAAGUUGGCCUGCUGUCCCUGUUUGAACAUUACAAUAUCUGUAAGGUAGGAACUUACCUGAAGAGUCCCUCCUUCCCCAUCUGGGUGGUGUGCAGUGAAAGCCAUUUCAGUAUGCUGUUCGGCCUGCAGAGGGCGCUGGUGACCAAUCCGGAAGGAGGUGUGGAGUUUGACCUUUAUUACUAUGAUGGACUGGCCAAUCAACAGGAGGAGAUUCGCCUCACUGUUUCUGUUGGCAAAUCAUCUAAAAGCUUUCAGGAAGUUGAUUCUGAUCUUAUUCCUCCUCUCGAGCUUUGUAUCCGAACAAAGUGGAAAGAUGCAUCGGUCAACUGGAACGACACAGAACCUCUGCUCUAAGUUGUUAAUCAUUACCUGACACAAAACAACACCGUCAUACUCAGAAAUCAUUUUAGGUAUAUUUUAUUAUGUAUGCAUUUGAUUUAAUCAAAUUUUAAUUAGGUUUUUACUUACUUUAAAAUGGGAAGUAUUAUUGAACAAACUGAGCAACUGGAAAGCUUUUAGAUCACACAGCUAAUAAAAAGUAUGAAAGUUUGUCCGUGGAGUUUUGGCUCAACUUGGUUUGAAUCCACUGCAUUUGAGUGAUUAAAAGGUUUUAAUGGAUUUAUGCAGUUAUAUACAGACAUAUAAAAUAAGUGUUUAGGAAUAUUUGUGGGUGGAGGUUUGUGUUUUAGAUGAAAUGUGGUUCAAGUUUAGGUUUACCCCCUUUUGGCCUUUUUCUAUCUACUUAUAGUUUUUAAAAUAAUAAAAUUUAUUUUUGUUUGGUUUACUCUGUUUCUCAUUGUUUUGUAUUACAAUUUUGUUGGAUCUCUUUUCUGUUGCGAUAAGAAAACUGUCACCAGUCCAUGUUGUUUAACAAUAAGCCUUAUUUAUCAGUUUGCAUGCCUUUUUUUAACAAAACAUUUGUCAUUUUCAUCUGUUCUAAGAGAGAAGAAUGAAUUCAGUCACAGCAUAGUUAGUAGACUGAUUUAUAAAUCUGUAAAUACUGUAAUCUUUUUAAUCACAACCUGUUUGAUUUAAUAAAGAAAGAAUUAUGCAUUUAAA